AAAACGAUAAAACUAAAUAAGAGGAGAACCAUAUUUUUUGAGACGCUGCUGUCGUCGGCGCAUGCUCUUUGCAUGUUGUUUGCUGUCCCGCAUUGUUGUCAUUCCUCCCUGCCUCUUCAUUUUUCUUUUCCUUUCUGCCUCUUCUCCUGUUUCUGCCGCUUUUCUGCUACCUCUUGCAACUCAAUUUUCGGUCGAAGGGGAAAUCAAAUGAUUUUGAUUUCAUUCAUCACACACAUUAGCACGCACUCGCACAGUGGAGACAAACCAGUCUUUUGACUGCAAGUUGAAACUGCUGCUGAGUCUCCACUUCAAUUCCGAAUUCGGAAAUCCACCACCGAAUACCAGGGGUAAUUGUUUAUGAUUCGAGGGGAUCAUCUCGAAACGGUUGUUAAGCCUAUGGCAUUGGAGACUCAGCAUUUUUGGCCCGCAAUACAGGUCUUUCAACCUGACCCCCUGAAUUUCACUAUCGUGGUUCUACGGCAAAACACAACCCAUACAUAAGUAAUGUCGCCUACUCCCACUUAAACAUCUUCUCUGCGUAGGAUGACGAGGGGAAGGAUUGACAGACGGGGAGAGCAGGAUAGCUGGCACAGAGCAAUGAUACUAAAAAUAGAAGUUAUGGGCACAGGCAACUCUGACAAGUGACCUGCUUUAAACAUACAUACAAUACAUAUAUUUGUGUAUUGCAUGCAUAAAUGCUAAACGGUAAAUUUUUAGUAGGUCACGGAACAUAAUAAAUUUACGAGUUGAUUUGCAAAGGAAGUGCCAAGGAUAGAGUUCUCUCAAUAUACACCAUAAAUUUCUUUAGACAGUUUAAAACUCAUUUCGAAGGAUAAUGUUUGGCUUAUUAAUUAACUUAACUUAAAGAGGCUUGUAUAGGUUUUUUGUAUUCCCUGUUUCACUUCAAUGUUGUCCAGUGUAACUAUAAUGGUCACCCAAAUCAAAGCGUAUCUCGUUCCGUCGCACUUUUUCGUUUCAAUUUUGUUUUCGUUUUCUUUGCCGUUUUUGGACUGUGAGUGCAUUAUUACACGAUCCCGUCUUUGUCUUUCUCAAUGAUCGCCCGUCUCUUUUGCUCCUCCUGCUCUCUUUCCCCGUUCCUCUUUGGAGUGCGAGUGAGAGUCCGAGCGCAUGCAUGUGCGGUCACGAAAAGUGAAUCAACAGGAGAAGCAACAAAAACUCGCACACCACCAUCUUCACCCAUUACUUCGGCAGCAGGCGCAAACGCAACCCUAAAGGGCACCUCCACCUCUCGCGAGGAUCCCCAGCGACCGCUUAGGUGCUUGGAAACACUUGCCCAAAAGGCGGGAAUCAGCUUCGACGAGGACGUCGUCAGUGGAUCCUUAGCCUCUCAAUCGCCCACCACCAAGACACGUCUGGCAGUCGCGACGCCACCUAUUCGACGACGCCAUCCUCUGCUGCCGCUCAGUUCACCUACAACCCCUAACUCGAAGUCGCGCGGCCACAAGCUGGAGAAGUCACAAAGUCCCGCCCAGCAGGUGGCGGCCGCCACCACCGUGCCGAUCCAAAUCUCCCCCGAGCAAUUGCAACAUUUCUACGCCAGCAAUCCGUAUGGCAUCCAGGUGAAGCAGGAGUUCCAAACGCACACGGCUGGCGGAGGAGGAACCGAGCUGAAGCAUGCCACAAACAUCCUGGAUGUGCAGCAGCAGCUGCAGCUGCAACAGCAGCUAUCCGAGGCGAGUGGCGGAGGCGCAGCCCCGGGCGCCUCCGGCGGAGCACCUAGUCCGGCCAACUCGCAGCAGAGCCAGCAGCAGCAGCACUCCACCGCCAUCAGCACCAUGUCGCCAAUGCAGUUGGCGGCGGCAACCAGCGGAGUGGGCGGGGACUGGACGCAGGGCAGGACGGUGCAGCUGAUGCAGCCGUCGGCCGGCUUUUUGUACCCGCAGAUGAUUGUGUCCGGCAACCUGCUGCACCCAGGCGGCCUGGGCCAGCCGCCCAUCCAAGUGAUCACAGCCGGCAAGCCCUUCCAGGGCAAUGGCCCCCAGAUGCUCACCACCACGACGCAGAACGCCAAGCAGAUGAUCGGGAGCCAGGCGGGGUUCGCCAGCGGCAACUACACAACCUGCAUUCCGUCGAACCAACACCAGUCGCCCCAGACACUGCUCAUCUCGCCGGUGAACGUCAUCUCGCACUCGCCGCAGCAGCAGCAGAACCUGCUGCAGUCGAUGGCCGCCGCCGCCCAGCAGCAGCAGCUGACCCAGCAGCAACAGCAGCAGCUCACGCAGCAGCAGCAGCAGCUCACUCAGCAGCAACAGCAGCAGCAGCAGCAGCUGACAGCUGCGCUGGCGAAGGUGGGGGUGGACGCGCAGGGCAAGCUGGCCCAGAAAGUGGUCCAGAAGGUGACCACCACCAGCAGCACUGUGCAGGCGGCCUCGGGACCAGGAUCCGCUGGGACGGCACAGACCCAGCAGGUGCAGCAGGUCCAGCAGCAGCAGCAGCAGACCACCCAGACCACUCAGCAAUGUGUCCAGGUCUCGCAGUCGACGUUGCCAGUGGGAGCAGUGGGAGUGGGUGCCCAGUCCGUCCAAACGGCCCAGCUCCUGAAUGCCGGACAGGCGCAGCAAAUGCAGAUCCCCUGGUUUUGGCAGAACGCAGGUGGCCUCCAGCCCUUCGGCUCGAACCAGAUCAUCCUGCGCAACCAGCCGGACGGGACACAGGGCAUGUUCAUCCAGCAGCAGCCAACCACGCAGACCCUGCAGACCCAGCAAAAUCAGAUCAUCCAGUGCAAUGUGACCCAAACGCCCACCAAGGCCCGCACCCAACUGGAUGCACUGGCUCCCAAGCAGCAACAGCAGCAGCCGCAGCAGACGGGGAGCACCAACCAGACGCAGCAGCAGCAGCAGCAACAGCAGCAACAGCUGGCCGUGGCCACCGCCCAGUUGCAGCAGCAACAGCUCACGGCAGCAGCUCUGCAGCGACCAGGAGCCCCGAUGAUGCCCCACAACGGCACCCAGGUGCGUCCGGCCAGCUCCGUGUCCACACAGACGGCCCAGAACCAGAGUCUGCUCAAGGCCAAGAUGCGCAACAAGCAGCAGCCGGUGCGCCCCGCUCUGCCAACCCUGAAAACCGAGAAUGGUCAGGUGGCGGGUCAGAACAAGGUAGUGGGUCACCUGACCACAGUGCAGCAGCAGCAGCAGGCGACGAAUCUCCAGCAGGUGGUCAACGCGGCGGGCAACAAAAUGGUUGUGAUGAGCACGACGGGCACGCCCAUCACCCUCCAGAACGGGCAGACCCUCCAUGCGGCGGGAGUGGACAAACAGCAGCAGCAGCUGCAGCUGAUCCAGAAGCAGCAAAUCCUACAGCAACAAAUGUUCCAGCAGCAGAUUGCUGCCAUCCAGAUGCAGCAGCAGGCGGCAGCCCAGGCCCAACAGCAGCAGCAAGUGACCCAGCAGCAGCAGCAGCAAGUGAACGCCCAGCAGCAGCAACAGGCGCAACAACAGCAACAGCAAAGGGAGCAGCAGCAGCAGCAGCAACAGCAAGUAGCCCAGGCGCAAGUGCAGCACCAGCAGCAGCAGCAGCAGGCGCUGGCCAACGCCACUCAGCAGAUCCUGCAGGUGGCGCCCAACCCCUUCAUCACGUCCCACCAGCAGCAGCAGCAGCAGCUCCAGCACCAGCUGAUCCAGCAGCAGCUGCAACAACAGGCGCAGGCGCAGGUGCAAGCCCAGGUGCAGGCGCAGGCGCAGCAGCAGCAACAGCAGCGCGAGCAGCAGCAGAACAUCAUCCAGCAGAUUGUGGUGCAGUCGGGCGGGACGACCGCCCAGCAGCAGCAGCAGCAGCAGGCUCAGCAGCAAUCCGGACAGCUGCAGCUGAGUAGCGUGCCAUUUUCGGUGUCUUCGGUGUCCACGACGACGCCAGCCGGGAUAGCCACUUCCAGCGCCCUGCAGGCUGCCCUCUCUGCCUCCGGCACCCUCUUCCAGACCCCCAAGUCCGCCAGCUCCUGCAGCUCCUCCCUGCCCACCAGCGGAGUGGUCACAAUUACGAACCAGAGCAGCACUCCGCUGGUCACCAGCAGCACGGUGGCCACUCUGCAGCAGGCGCAGGCACAGGCCCAAGCUCAGCUGCAACAGCAGCAGCAGCAGCAGCUGAUCACCGCCACCUUAGCCGCCGCCACUCAACAGCAGCAGCAGCAGGGGCCACCUUCACUCACCCCGACCACGCCCUCGCCCUCCACCAAUCCCAUCCUGGCCAUGACCUCGAUGAUGAACGCCACGGUGGGUCACCUGGCCACUACUCCGCCCGUGACUGUGUCUGUGACCAGCACCGCAGUCACUCCGUCGCCGGGUCAGCUGGUCACGCUCAGCAGUGCCAGCAGCGUAGGAGGAGGAGGAGGAGUGGGAGUGGGAGGCUUCCCGGCCACGCCCUCCAAGGAAACACCUCCGAAGGGGCCGACUGCCACCCUGGUGCCCAUUGACUCGCCCAUGACGCCAGUAGCAGCACACGACUCCUGCAGCACGGCCAAGUCCUCCACUCCCGCCACCGCCAGUGCGUCCAGCAGCUCAGUGGAGGCCAGCAGCUCCACGAGCGAUGCUCUGCCCAACGGAGAAGCGACGGACAGGGCCUCCACGCCCUCGAAGGUCGCCGUCACUCCGACGAGCAAGCAGAGCAGCGCGGUGCAGCCGACCAGCAGCACCAACAGCACUCCCAACAGUGCUGCUGGCAAGGAGGAGCCCAAGGGUCUCCAGUCAGUCUCCGCCAGUUGCACGUCCGCAGCAGCGACGCCAACCACGACAACGGUUAGCGGGAUCAACGGGAUUGGCCAAGGGAUUGGGACCAAGACGACAGCGAGCACCACCGUAACGACCGGCACCACCGCUAGCACGACUACCGCGACCUGCAGCAGCACUUCGUCCACGACCAGCAGCAUCACGACCACCAGCACCACCACUACGACGACGAGCAACAACGGGGCCAAGGAUCUGCCCAAGGCGAUGAUCAAGCCGAAUGUCCUCACCCACGUCAUAGACGGCUUCAUCAUCCAGGAGGCCAACGAGCCUUUCCCCGUCACCAGGCAGCGAUAUGCGGACAAGGACGUCAGCGAUGAGCCGCCAAAGAAAAAGGCGGCCAUGCAGAUGCAGGAGGACCUCAAGCCGGGUGGAAUGGCGUCGGCUCCAGCCUCGGACAUGGUUGCGUGCGACCAGUGCGGGAAACUGGAGCACAAGGCGAAGCUCAAGAGGAAGCGCUACUGCUCGCCGGCUUGUGCCAGGCAGGCGAAGAACGGAAUCGGAGGGGAAGCAGGGGAGACCAACGGCCUGGGGACGGGCGGAAUCGUUGGCGUGGACGCCAUGGCGCUGGUGGACAAGCUGGACGAAGCCAUGGCCGAGGAGAAGAUGCAGACGGAAGCCCUGCAGGCGAUGUCCGAAGGAACUCCCACUGCCACUCAGUUGCCACCCACUGAGGUGGCUCCCAUGCCACUGCCUGUGCUGGCGGCCAUUCCAGUCGCUCCGUGUGCGCUGCCUCUGGCAUUGCCGCUGCCGAUCUCCGCGAUCUCUGGGAUCCCUGCCCCUGCAGCUGUUGCUCCUGCUCCUGCGGUGGCGGCCACGUCCUCGAGUGUCAACGGAACAGACCGUCCGCCCAUCAGCGGCUGGAGUGUCGAGGAGGUCAGCAACUUCAUUCGGGAGCUGCCUGGGUGCCAGGACUACGUGGACGACUUCGUCCAGCAGGAGAUCGACGGCCAGGCGCUGCUGCUGCUCAAGGAGAACCACCUGGUGAACGCCAUGGGCAUGAAGUUGGGCCCAGCCCUCAAGAUAGUGGCCAAGGUGGAGUCCAUGAAGGAGGUUCCGCCGCCCGGCGAUGCGAAGGAUGGGGUGGCCGGAGGAGUGCAAUAGUGUCAGCGUGGUGAGCCGGGUGAGAUGAUGCCGUCGCCCUCGUACUCGAUCACCCCGCCCCCGUAUUCGCCGGUGGGUCCGGGGCUGGAUCGGCGACCCGCCGCGACUCCCACUCCCGCUCCCGCUCCCGCUGGCACUCCGCCGGAGUCCGAGGACAGCAGCGGGGGCAGUCACCUGUGCUUCGACCUGACCACGCGCCUCUGCCACGACCUGCGGCUGGAGGAGGAGCCGUAGCUCUGGACUGGGUCUAACCUGGCACAGCCUGGUCCCACCUGGUCCAGGACCAGCCAGCCAAGCUGAAUCUGAUUCACUUGCAGCGAACAGUGUUACUUUUGUACGUAAUUUAAACUAAAGUCUAAAGGGGUGGUGCAUAGCUCGAGAAUAAGGCCGCCGCAUGUAGGAUAGUGCAUGGACUGCUAUCCCAGUCAUCAAGAAUCAAGAAUCAUCGAUUGUACAGAACUCAGAACUCACCCGUACACCGUACACCUAAGCGCAAACGUAUUUAUUGAAACGUUAAUCAUUACACAACUCGCAGUGGGAAGAGCAAGAAAAUCACUUAAACUAUAGGUAAGCGGGAGUACAUUUAGAUUUGAUUAACGAAUAAGCCUGAAGUAAUUCCUAAGUGAAACUGAAUUGAAUGCGUCAUCUGACCACCUAAUUUAUUUAAGGGGAGAUCGAAAGAGUUGUCCGAUGAGCUAUCACUUUCAUAGAUAGUGUACGUAUUUUAUUUCUUAAUCAAGAGUUAGGAAGUUAUGGGGGUCGACUGAAAUUACAAAUAUUCUUAGGUAAUCAUAAAAACAUGACACGAGUAUCUGAGUAUAUAUAAAGAUAUAUUUAAUUUUUUUUUCGAAAGUUCCGUGGUUGUAUUAACUUAUUUUUUUCCUAUUGCUGAACAAAAUAAAAACUUUUACUGUAUAGUGUUUAACGAACGUAAACA